AGGUCAAUUACAUGAACUUUUGCCUAAGUUUGUUUGUUUUACUGACUGUUCUUCUGCUAAAGAAACAUCGGUUUGAUAUCUAAAUAUGGAACAUUCAGAACCAAUGAUGUUGGGAUCUCCCGUUGGUAACCCCGGUCAUAUAUCACCAGCUGGGAACCAAUUUCUGCCUGGAUAUUUGAUGGGGGAUCCUACAAUAACCACGACCCCAGUUUUGAACCGUUCAAAACCUGCCCACCCCCCAACCAACCUGUAUGGCUCCCCUGGUUUGCAUUACCACGGCUCUCCUGCUCCACCUACUGGAAUUACAAGUAGAACUUCACCCAACAGUCAGAAACUAACGCUACGCUCACCAAAAAAUGUGAAUUUUUCAAAUGUUUCCACAUCUAAAGAAAGAGUAGGAGCUCCCCCUGUUGCAACAUUGAUGGAAGAUUUUGGAAAUCUAGAUGGCAACACUGGUAAAAUGUCCGAUACAUUUUCCCGUUCAUUUGCUGUCAAUGAUUCACACAAAUCUUUUCACCCGGUUCCAGGCACCCCAAACACCCCCAACAAUACCUGGGGUCAGAAGUGUAUAAGCCCCCCUUCUCCUGCCCAAAUAGACCCAUUCUACACCCAGGGUGAAGCUUUAACUCCCGAUGUUAAACUGGAUGAUACCUGGGUCACUGUGUUCGGGUUUCCUCCGUCAUCUGCGUCUUUCGUGCUUCAGCGAUUCUCACAAUACGGUUCAAUCCUUCACCACCAGAUGGCAGCAGACAAUGGGAAUUGGAUGCACAUACAUUAUGAAAGUAGAUUGCAAGUGAAGAAAGCCAUGAGUCGUAACGGGAAAGUUGUUGGAACAAACGUUAUGAUUGGUGUGGUGCCUUGUAUCGAUGUGGAAAUAAUGUCAAGGUUCAAUGAAAGAACUCCGUUGAAACCAAUGUCCAACAACACCCCUCUAACCCACCCAAGUAUAUCACGUAUAUCGACACCAACCACACCAAAACCCCCCUCUAUACGCCCACUAACUGCUGCGUAUAAUGCUUCUACCAGCGAUACUAAAGUUGUAAGCGAAACAAGAACACCCCAGAAAACAAGUGGCCUCGUAACCAAAGCAAUGGAUUAUUUGUUUGGUUGAAUCAUUAUUUUAUUUUUACUGGUUUAAAUUACUUUAAUUAUAUAGGGUCAUUUUAACUCCUCACUGCUUUGUUAUUUUUGCAAAAAUAAAAGCUACUUUAGAUUU